AUGGAUGUCGACGAACCUGAAGACAAUAUAACAGUGAAACCGGAGCCCCAGCAGGCAACUCCUACCCUGGAGGGUUCCAGCGAAGCAUAUUCAGGAUCAACAGAAAAUGAAGAUCUGAAUCUUGAGUCCGGGGCGCGCUAUACCAAUGACCCAGAGCUCUAUGGGGAGAGUCCGGAAAAGGCCGAUAGUAGCUCCGAUGAGCCCCACCAGUCCGAUGAUCUGUUUGUGCCGCCAGAUGACAACAUCAAGUCUGAAAGAGUGCCAAUACCGCCGACUUACAGAAAGCCCACAGGCUACUGGGACUUUGAGUUGGUUGAUCUGACUCUAGACGAUGAAGAUGCCACGGAGGAUCAGCUUUUCACAGACGGCAUAGUCAUUUUGAAAGCCCAGUCACUCGCAGGUAAAAUAUAUCUAAAUCAAUACGGACCGAAAGAAUGUCCAAUGGCGGUAUGGAGCGCUAGCGCAGCACCUCAGGAAGUCAAGAAAUGUACAUUUCUCAAGGGACCUCCGCACAAAGACGCCAUGGACAUUCAUGAAUACGGCGAUGAUACUGGAAAACUGAAGUAUAGGUUCCUGAUUAACAAGAUCAAGAUGGUAGCUUGGAAGCCCAGAAAGGCCUGCUCUACUAUGCAGGAUCUGAUGGAUUCGGUGGAAGAGUUGAACCCUGCCAAGAAGGAAGAAAAUCGAAAGUAUAUCUUCCCAUUCACAACCGCUCUUGUCGAAUUCAAGGAAACAGCCAACCUACCAUGGGUCUGGGUUGGGCGUGCAGACCUUGGGAAACUGUCAAGCUCUGCGAAGAGCGAGAAGGCAAAACAGCAUCGGGACAUAUACAAGUUGGCACGGCAGCAAGUCGAAAACUACAGAAAAUGGGUAGAGCAAGUACUCGGUGGUCCACUCCAGGGCAUUCAUAGUAAGGAGAAAACAGACGUCCCUUCGUCGUCUCCGGGGAGCCAGUUCUCUGAGCAGUCUCCAGCUCGCCCUCGGCGUAGCCAGAGACUUGAACACCAAAAUAAAGCUGGAGACACUCUGAGCGUGACCGAGAUUAUACGGCUGCAGAAGAAAGUGCAGGAGCUAGAGAACGACCGGAUUGAACUCCAGGAUACGCAAAGCAACGGCCGGCGAGGCCAGAAAGCUACUAUCAAAACGAUAAAGGUCACUAAUCAAGUCCCAAUCAGCCGUUCCUUUAGAGGGUUCGCUGCAAAACGGAAUAUCAAAGUUGCUCCAGAGGAUUGGAGGGACCUUGCCGAUGCGGACUUUGCGAGGUUCCAGGUGAUGGCCGAGAUAUUCCUCGAACAACAGCGGGAUAAUGGCAGGUCGGUUGUGGAUGAUAUGAAGGUUUUCGACGCUUUGGGUGUAUCGGAUUGGUGA